AUGCCCGAUUCUGUGGUCAUUGUCGGCGCAGGAGUCAUUGGCCUGACUAUUGCACACCAAUUGCUGCUGGAUAUUCAAAGCCAAUCGAGCGCAAGUAAGCUAAAGAAAUUGACCUUUAUCUCGAGAAAUUAUCCCAAUGACGAGCCGUUGACUCAUGAAUAUACUUCGCCCUGGGCAGGCGCCCACUUUAGACCUUUCCCACAUAGGCCAGAAGCCUACGAGACUGACAAGAGAGAAAGUGCCUACACUAGGGUGACUUACAAGUUUUUCCAAAAGUUUGCUGCAGAACACCCGGAAUCGACGAUUGAGUUCAUGAAAGGUGUUGACUGGUUGGCGAAACCGACCUCCGAGUAUCUUGGCCUCGGACCGGGCCUCAGUAAGGACUCCUUGGUAGAUCUUAGGACGCUUUCUAAGCCGGAAUUGCCUCCCGGCGUUGAGUACGGCUGCGAAUACCUCACCUGGUGCUUAAAUGCUCCAGAGUAUCUAAAAUUUUUGCAAGCCCAGGUGGAACAGCUGUGUCUGAGACUGAGAAUCCCAUUGGAGUUCUCCAGGCUCAACUUGACCUCUUUACAAGACAUCGAGAAGUGGUUCGGCGGCACUAACGUGGUCUUCAAUGCCAGCGGAACUGGUUUACUGUACUCUGGCGGCUACGAUCCCAAGUCUUUCAGCAUCAGAGGCCAAACCCUUCUUUUGAACGUCCCGAACCCAAACUCCAUACGCUAUGCCCACGCUACUAUAACACACCAAGGGAAUGACGGAUCGUGGACUUUUGUCAUCAAGAGGCCGGCUUCCAAUGGCAAGCCCCAGUACAUCCUGGGAGGUACCAAACAAUUGGACGACGAUCUGAUUGUGCCUCGCGAGGCGGACACACAGGCGCUUUUAUCUAGAGCACGCAAAUUAUUCCCAGAUCUCCUCUUCCCUGAUGGCUCAUUCGACAUCGUUAGAGUCAACGUGGGUUUCAGACCUGCAAGACAAGCCGGCAGCAGAGUCGAACUCGAAGCGUCGCCAGAGAACGGCCUGAAGAUCGUUCAUGCCUACGGUUUUGGCGGUAUGGGCUACGAGGUAUCUGUGGGAGCCGCCCAGCAUGCCAUUAGACUGUAUAAAUCAAGGCCUAGCAGGCUUUGA